AUGUUUCGGUACGCCAGAAAUCAGCCCGCCGGCUUCAAAAAUGCCAUUGAGCGAGUUGCCAUUGUCGGAGCUGGAGGUACUGUUGGAUCGCACAUCACCGCAGCGCUCCUCAAAACUGGAAAGCACACUGUAAAGGCCCUCAUCCGCAAAGACAGCAAGAACAAGCUGCCCGAGGGUGUCCUGGCCGCUCCAAUCGACUACGAUGACCAGGCCAGCAUUGUUGCUGCCCUGAAGGACCAGCAAUUCUUCAUUGUUUCCGUAAGCCCCACAGCACCCCGUGACACCCACAGCAAGCUGGUCCAGGCUGCUGCCAAGGCGGGCGUCCCUUACAUAAUGCCUAAUGGCUAUGCGGGCGACGUGGACAAUGUCAAGUUUGGAGAGGACACAUUGCUUGGGCCGGUGGCCAAGGCGCAGCGGGAUGAGAUCGAAGGGCUCGGCAUGCAUUGGAUCAACGUCUGCUGUGGAUUCUGGUACGACUACAGCUUGGCGGGAGGCGAGUCUCGUUUUGGCUUCGACUUUGAUAAGCGUGCCCUUACCCUGUACGAUGACGGCAACACCAAGAACUCGACCUCGACAUUGUCUCAGGUUGGACGCGCCGUGGCCAAAGUGCUGAGCCUGAAGGAGCUGCCCGAGGACGAGAGCGACAAGAGCCUUUCUCUUUCGCAGUUGUUGAACAAGGGCGUGUAUCUCACAAGCUUUGUCGUCAGCCAGAACGACAUGUUUGAGAGCGUCAAGCGUGUCACCGGCACCAAGGAUGCUGACUGGACCAUCACCCAUGAGGCCUCCAAGAAGCGCUACGAGGAGGGUCUGGCUCAGGUCAAAUCAGGCAACAUGGCUGGCUUCGGAAAGCUUCUGUACGCGAGAGGAUUCUUCCCAGAGGAUCCGAGCAACCUCUCGGCCAAGGCCCAGAACAAGCUGCUCGGCUUGCCGAAAGAGGAUUUGGAUGAGGCGACCAAGGCUGGUGUAGACUUGGUCAAGGUUUUGCAGGGCCGUGCUGAGCGUAUGGCAAACUAA